AUGAGAGGUGUGGAGCGUCUGACUAUAAAAGGGAGGGAUGUGAGUGAGCGCAGGGCAGAGCUGAGGACCGCAGUCCUGGUCCUCACAGUCCCCCUCUCUCUCCUCAGUCCUGGUCCUCACAGUCCCCCUCUCUCUCCUCAGUCCUGGUCCUCACAGUCCCCCUCUCUCUCCUCAGUCCUGGUGCUCACAGUCCCCCUCUCUCUCCUCAGUCCUGGUCCUCACAGUCCCCCUCUCUCUCCUCAGUCCUGGUCCUCACAGUCCCCCUCUCUCUCCUCAGUCCUGGUCCUCACAGUCCCCCUCUCUCUCCUCAGUCCUGGUCCUCACAGUCCCCCUCUCUCUCCUCAGUCCUGGUCCUCACAGUCCCCCUCUCUCUUCUCAGUCCUGGUCCUCACAGUCCCCCUCUCUCUCCUCAGUCCUGGUCCUCACAGUCCCCCUCUCUCUCCUCAGUCCUGGUCCUCACAGUCCCCCUCUCUCUCCUCAGUCCUGGUCCUCACAGUCCCCCUCUCUCUCCUCAGUCCUGGUCCUCACAGUCCCCCUCUCUCUUCUCAGUCCUGGUCCUCACAUUCCCCCUCUCUCUCCUCAGUCCUGGUCCUCACAGUCCCCCUCUCUCUCCUCAGUCCUGGUCCUCACAGUCCCCCUCUCUCUCCUCAGUCCUGGUCCUCACAGUCCCCCUCUCUCUCCUCAGUCCUGGUGCUCACAGUCCCCCUCUCUCUCCUCAGUCCUGGUGCUCACAGUCCCCCUCUUUCUCCUCAGUCCUGGUCCUCACAGUCCCCCUCGCUCUCCUCAGCCCGGGUCUUGGUCCUCAUGGCUCAGAUGCAGUCUAACGGCUCGGACCUGGUGCUGGUCCUGGAGAGCCUGACCCUACCCCCCUCUCAGACGCUCCCGGUCGUGCUUGUCCUCCUCUUCAUCUUCGUCUUCCUGGUCCUCUCUAACGGGACCAUGAUCGUCCUCAUCGCCGGGACGCGCUCGCUGCAUCAGCCCAUGUACCUGCUCUACAUGAACCUGUCGCUCUGUGACGUUCUCUACAGCAGCACCGUCAUCCCCCGCCUCCUCUGGGACUUACUCCGCCCCCUGAGCGCCAGACACAUCCACCUGUACUCGUGUGUGAUUCAGGCCUUCUUCGUGCACCUGUUUGCCAGCAGUUGUCACACGCUCUACAUGGUGAUGGCGAUUGACCGGUACAUCGCCAUCUGCUGCCCGCUGCGGUACGCCGCCAUCAUGAGCGGUCGCACGGUGUUGAGGAUGGCGGUGGGCGCAUGGACGGCCUCCUUUGUUCUGGUGGCUGUCCUGCUGGGGCUGACGGUGAGACUGACUCGCUGCCGCUCCCUGGUGGUGGGACUGAGCUGCAGUAACGCGGGGCUUUUCAAGCUGUCGUGUCAGAACACCUUCGUCAACAACGUGUACGGCCUGCUGUUCACCGUGCUGCUGCUAGGGGGCUCCAUCGGCACAGUUCUGCUGUCCUACGGCAAGAUCACUGUGGUGUGUGUGAAGAGCCGCAGUGCGUCGCUGAACCACAAAGCCCUACAGACCGUCUCCACUCACCUCAGCGCCUACAGCCUCUUCCUCGGCUCCUCGCUCCUCAUCAUCGUUCUUCAUCGUUUCCCGCAUCUCGGUCAGGAGCGAAUGUACAUCUCCGUCGUUCACCACGUGGUGUCGGGCGCCAUCAACCCGCUGAUCUACGGCCUCAGGUCACAUGACAUCCGGCGCCAGCUCAGGACGCUGCUACGGAAGGUGCCAUGA